AUGGCUGCCAUCAACAAGAUUGCCGCCAACUCCCCCUCCCGGCAGAACCCCUCCGAGCUGGAGACCGCGGUCGCCGGCGCGCUCUUCGACCUCGAGAGCAACACCCAGGACCUGAAGGCCACCCUUCGACCCCUGCAGUUCGUCUCGGCCCGUGAGGUUGAGGUCGGCCACGGCAAGAAGGCCAUCAUCGUCUUCGUCCCUGUCCCUCUCCUGCAGAACUUCCACAAAAUCCAGCAGCGCCUGACCCGCGAGCUCGAGAAGAAGUUCUCGGACCGCCACGUCCUCUUCGUCGCUCAGCGCCGCAUCCUGCCCCGCCCCAAGCGCUCCGUCAACUCGCGCACCACCCAGACCCAGAAGCGUCCCCGCUCGCGCACCCUGACCGCCGUCCACGAGGCCAUCCUCGCUGACCUGGUCUACCCUGUCGAGAUCGUCGGCAAGCGCACCCGCACCAAGGAGGACGGCAGCAAGACCCUGAAGGUCAUCCUGGACGAGAAGGAGCGUGGUGGCGUCGACCACCGCCUCGAUGCCUACGGCGAGGUCUACCGCCGGCUAACUGGCCGGGCCGUCGUGUUCGAGUUCCCCCAGAGCGGCGCCGAGUACUAG